AUUUGAGUGAUUAGUGCGUGGCCGAUCAGUGGAGGACUAGAGAUCAUCGAGGACGCUUGACCGUGACCGUGUCACCGACGCGCGCCGUGACGCUUUUCGAGCGUCUUGAUCUUUCUUGUCUCAGCGUAAUCGGCGUGUCAGCAGAACGUUCGUUCGAUCUUUGAGAUCGAUCGAAAAGGAAAUUAUUCGCAGCGUUCAGUGUGGUUUAAAAAUUCUUUAAAAAUAUUUAAAUUGAAAGACUAUUUAGAAAACUUAUAAUUCUGUACAUUUAAAAAGUGAAGAUCGCUUAAUUAUAAAAGUUAAUUAAAGAUUUCUACAUUUCUAGAAGAAUCGAGAGAACGCUAACGGCUUGAAAUAGCACCGUCAAUUAAUGUGCCGUAAGACUGAAUCGCGCACGCGAUUAUUUCGUUUAUUUUGAGACGGUCGCUCAAUAUCGGGACCGCGCCGCCGACACGAGUGCUAUCAUUGGCGCUUUUGCGUCAAUCGAUUUUUUUUUUCAUUAUUGUUACUGUUUAUCGCGCGGCUUACAUAGCGGACUGGCAGUGAUGAAUUGCUUCGUCGACGAGACAGACAUUUAGAGCUCACGAGAUCUUCGUAGAGUCCACGCGCCAAGGACGUCGCAGCGUAUUUAUAUUAUAUUUCUGCAGAAUUUAAAGCGAAAAGUGUGUCCCACGUUCAACAGACCAGAAGAGUUUCGAAGAUCCAGGCUACUUGGAUAUUUACGACUGCCAAUUUUCAAGAAAGUGAAGUGAUAAGAAAGAAUAACAUUCUUAAUAAGAGAGUGUUAUAAGAAUAACAUUCUUAAUAUAUAGUCCAUAAUUUGCCUUCGCACAGAAGACGUUAGGUUAACAUUGCGUUAAUAUUAAGUUGGCAUUAAGACACUGUGAUAACAUAAUUUACUCGAUAUACCGUCUGAAAAUGCCAAUGUUGUAAAUAUAAACUUGGUGGAAUAGUACGAUAAUUACGAUAAUAAAAUUAGCGUAAUACGGAAGAGCGAGUUACUGUGACAAGUGUAAAUUAUAUACAUCAACGUGAAGGUUGUAGAUACCUGUGUGUGUUGGUAUAUACACUAUAUACGAAGAAUAUUUCAACAUGUCUUUUCUCAACGAGACUCUGUUGGUGCUGACGUACACGGCCAAAAUAAUGUCUACGUUGCCCGAAAAAACAGAUUCAAAGAAUAUUAGCAUAGCUCAGAAUAUCACCACGACGACCUUGUCGCCGGAGGAGGCCGAGAACAAAUUCGAUUUUGACGAUCAAUGGUUCAUGUGGCGUUGUUACGAGCCGUUCGGCUGCUUUUACAUCGGCGCACCUUGGUCCGGAGAGAACCGACCGGUGUCCACAUUUCCCGCACGCCCGGACAGCAUCAACCCUCGUUACACCCUUUACACACGCGAACAGACCGAGAACCCUCACGAAUUGAAGAUCGAUAGCCUCGAGACGAUCCGGAAAUCGCCUUUGAACGAGAAGAAAAAUUUAUACCUCAUCAUCCACGGGUUCUUGGACAACGGAGACAAAACAUGGGUUUUGAGAGUGAUGAAGGAGUUGCUGUUGCGGGAGGAUUGUAACGUCGUGAUCGUCAAUUGGCUCGGCGGGGCUGGACCACCCUACACGCAGGCGGUGGCGAACACGCGGCUGGUGGGCGCGAUGACAGCUCGCUUGGUGGCACAGCUGAUCGACGUCACCAAGUUACCACCUUCGAAGACGCACUGCAUCGGGCACAGUCUGGGCGCUCACACAUGCGGUUACGUGGGAUACAACUUGCGAAACCGCUACGCGUAUACACUAGCACGAAUCACAGGCCUCGAUCCGGCGGAACCGCACUUCAGCAACACCUCGCCGAUGGUGCGGCUGGAUCCUACGGACGCGACAUUCGUGACAGCCAUUCACACCGACUGCAAUCUUUUUAUCAGCGGUGGCCUCGGCAUUACGCAACCGGUUGGGCACAUCGAUUUCUAUCCGAAUAGCGGCCGCAAUCAGCCUGGCUGUAACGAAGGCGUGCUCAAUUCCAUCACCUUGGAACGCGGCAGUUUCUUUCGCGGGAUUAAGAGGUUUCUGGGAUGCAACCAUAUCCGCAGUUACGAGUACUUCAUCGAGAGCAUAAACUCGCCGUGCCCGUUCUUGGCCGUGCCGUGCCGCUCCUGGGACAAAUUCCAGGAGGGCGGCUGUUUCGAUUGCGUGAACCAAUAUUGUCCCAGAUUCGGACUGGAUGCUCAGCCCGGGAACUAUCACGCGUCUGUAUACCUGAUGACUGGACGUGACAAGCCGUUCUGCAAGGCCCAUUACAAGCUGACGAUAAAUAUCUCCCAAACGAACGAGAGUCUGUUGCACGGCGGGGAAGUCGGUAUGUUCGUCGUACGUGUGAUCGGCGUGAACGGCAAGAAAACCGAAAGGAUGCAGCUGAGCCCGGCGUCGAAGUACUACGAGCCCGGUAGCACGCACACGAUCGUGUUGCCCGGCGACGUAGUCGGGAGGCCGCACACGGUGGAGAUCACCUGGGAGUACCAGACGUCGGUCUUCAACCCGCUCACGUGGCGGCUGCUGCACACACCGCGGGCUUACAUCGACGCGCUGACCAUUAAAAAUCUGGAGACCGAUCACGAAGUUACUCUGUGUCCUGAUGAAACGAAGACUCUGAUCGCUAACCAACCCAAGAUCUUGACCACGGAAAACUGCCGCAACACCGAACACAACACAAUUUCUACGUGAAGGAUCCAAUGACGAAAUUCACGCGUGUCAUUUAUCCUUUCUCACGAUCAAGGAUUAAAUCUCAUUGAAGCUAAUAUAAUUUCGUUGAGCAUAACGCUGGAUUUUUGCGAGCUAUAAAUAAUCUCUACACUUUGCCCUGAUGUUCGUAAAAUGAAAAUUUAAUAUCGCUGAAAUUAUAAUAGCUUUAAAUUUUGCUCGUAAUGAGAUCGACGAUUAAAUGCUCGUUAUAGCGAAAUAAGACUUGUUAGCUGCACGAAGAAAACAUGACGGUCUUUUGGAGGCUGCAGAGCUUUUUCUAUUUACCUCUUUGUAUAAAAGCUGCAGACGAAAAAAGAGUAUUCAAUCUAUAAUAUCACAUAGGAAAAGCCAUCAUUCAGCAUAGAGCUCUUAGAAUAACCAUCGUAAAUUGCUAGCCUCCAUAAUCUCUACGAGACUUAACUUCACCCCAAUGACAUUUAGGCCCGUGUUCACUUUUAUCGACAAAUGCGUGCAUUGAUUUCUGAGAUGUUAUAUAACAUGUGUAACAUGAACUAUAGCAUUUCAGAAAUAAAAGCGCGCUUUUAUCAAUAAAAGAGAGUUGAGAAUAUAUGUAUGGGGCUUAAUCUCCGGAAACUCCGUUUCCGACUCGAUCCGAGCUGCUCAUUUUGCGGCUGUCGUAGGCGAACGAGCGCGAGUCGGGCAUAAUAGCCUCGGUUUCCCCUCGCAACCAAUGGCAAAGUCACGAUCCUUUCACUGUCAUUAUGUGCGCCCGGGGUCUUUCUCUUUCUUUCUCUCUCUCUCUCUCUCUCUCUCUCUCUCUCUCUCUCUCUUUCCUUCGCCGGACGCUUUCGUGCGACGCCGUCGUCGUCGUCAUCGCAUCGCGCGGUACAUUGUCGCUGACCCCGUAAUUUGUUACCGUAAAUGCGUCAAUCCCACUUUGCUCAGCUAUGCGAGAACUAAUGGCGACAAUGGCGUAACUAACGACAUUUGGCAUCGCGCAAUAAAUUUAGCGACAACGGAAAAAAAGGCAAAAAUAAACUGCCGAACCUAUUGGCUGUAUUUGAUAAUUUAACGUGACAGUUAUCGCACGAUAAAUAUUUGUUUAUUUCGUUAUAAAGACGGCAGAGACGUUCUUGUAAAUUUCGCAAUUUCGUCGGUCGCAUCGAAUUAAGCAACGCGAAACGCAAAGUGGGCCGGGCGCGUACGAUUUCUGGGUUCCAAAUGAGCCAUAAAAAUCUACGAAUUACCCUAUGAAAGCGUUUGAUUCGAUUCGAUCCCAAAAAUUUCAUAAUCGAUAGAUUUAGCAAACACGGCCCGUUCCACACGUGGAAAGAAGUGAGAUCUGUGUGGAGAACGUUCUGAGUUAAGGAAAUGAGUUAAGUUAGAAUAUUUUAAUAUGAUAUAUGAAUUAUUUAAUUUCGAGCCAGUGCAUAUUUAUACACAAACACUUCAUUACAUGACAUACGUGUAUAGAGUAAUAAGUUCGUGAUUCAGUUGUGACAAGGAUUAUUCUUAAGUGGAAAUGUACAUACCAAGUAAAAUUCAUUUAAUUUCGAGGAAACGUCAGUUCGGUCAGGAUUGGAUUUUGAUAGUCUAAUAAUAUUACACGUAUUUGCGUACAGUUCUUCGCCUUAGCGAAUUGACGUUUCCUCGGAAUUGAUUGUGUAUCCAUAGUAGUCGUGUGUUUCUCUUACUAUUAAACUUCAUUUAGAAAUA